CAGAGUGUUGUUGAGAYAACUUSAAYCAUGGAGACAAGUAGAAGUAAGUUAACCAAKCCAAGUUCUAUGGAAUGGAUAUUAGGACACGAUUCGAGCUUCUUCGAAAACAAAAUGGCGCAGUCGGUGAAUCGUGCGUAUUUGGAUCUGCAAGUCGUUCCAAAUAACGAUGUAUUUGACCCAUUGUGGAUAAAAGCUGACGAAGAUGUGAUGSMAACARGAKCUUUUCACAGCUCAAGGCAUYCAGAUGUCAUGACUCAUGCWACAAGCAAAGCAGUUGACGUUCAUAUAAAUAAGUUAGAUUUUAARGGAACAAGAAAACUCUCUGCGGACUCUGAUAGUUUAGACGUUUACUUAAAACCAUGUGUGAUAACGCCAACAAAAGUAGAAGACUUGUAUAGCACACUUGACGACAACAGCGAUAAUGAUGUCUUUCUAUUCCCUCCGAACGAAACCACAUCAUUGACUAGUCUUGCAAACUUUGAACAGCUUGUUGGUGACKACAAUUCACGCGAACAGCAUAUCUCUUACCAUGACAACAUUCGCAGCAAAUCUAMCAAAGACUCGACAGCGAMCUUUAACGCGAUGGAUACCGGUAAUUAUCAGMAAAACACCUUUCAAAGCAUGCAACACUCGGGUUUGUUUUUCCCGCCUUUUCUGAAACAUUUAUCCCAAGAAAGCUGUUUUACUGCAAAAAAGGAGCCAAGCUGUCCAUCACUGAUUCAUGAACAGAGGAACAGUAAAUCGGCAUUAGCCAGUCAUGACUCASGUCAACAAAAUGUSUCUAUUCCAUGUGAAAUUGACGACAGUGGGAAUAAUCAGAAUACCAUUUUCUUUGAAUCUGCACCUAAAGACAGAUUUCAACAUAAGCAUGAAGUAAAGAUAGCCUGCCACAAAAAUCKACAGGAAUGGAAUGACACAUGUCAAUUAAAAGCCUUUCAUAACGACACAGAAAAGCAAAGACGAGAUCAAAUGAAAACAAGGUUUGAAAGUCUUCGAAGAGUGAUACCAAAAGUAGAAAAACUUCAAAAAGCUCCAAAAAUACUAAUACUUCGUAAGGCGUGGGAAUACAUCAUMCACCUACAAAAAGAGGAUGAUAGACUCGAAUCAUUAAAGGGAUCCUUAAAAUUGACAAAUAAACAACUCCUGGACAAAUUACAAACUAUGAUUCUAAAAUGAAAAGUAUUGAUUUCCAAAAAAAAUUGCGUUAUAUCGCAAAAAGUCAGAUUAUAUAGUUUGAGCAWUUCUUUAAUAUUUAAAAAAAUCUUUUUGGGGAUUCAUACAUAUACCAAAGCUAGAAUCAUAGCAAUUUCAGCUUUGAAAAUAGCUUGURAUCUGAAGUGUAACGUUAUCGCGGAUAACUUAUCGUUCUGAAAUACCUGAUCUUUGAAGUGUCGUCGUGUAUACAACUGUCGUGUAUAUUCAGUAGAGAAGAAGAUAGUAACUGACUGUACACAACGCGGAAUACCGUGAAUAAUUAUUAACUAUAGGCUGUCCAAUGAUGUCCAAUGAUCUCGAAGUUGACGCUGUUAUUGUUUGAAGAGGGUCCCAAUGGGGUUAACCGUGAGCCGUGAAACGUCUGAAAAAUUAGCCGUUAGUCGUG